AUGGAAAGUCGGCAAUCCAAGCGUUCACUACAUAAACGCCGCAAGAGAAGGCGAGAAGUUGAGUGUACUAGCACGUCAUCGAGUUCGAGUGAUCCAGUUAUAGAACGACACCAUCGUUCUGGACAGAGACAUACUAAAGACGAAUCUCGUAAUGCUGGCCGGAGUCGUGACCGGAGUCGUGACCGGAGUCGUGACCGGAGUCGUGGCCGCAGUCGUGGCCGCAGUAGUGGCCGCAGUCGUGGCCGCAGUCGUGGCCGCAGUCGUAGCCGCAGUCAUGGCCGCAGCCGAGACCGCAGCCGUGGUCGCAGUCCUGGUCAUAGACGUGACCGCAGUCACCGCCACAGUCGCAGUCGCAGCCAAGGAACCAGUCGUGGGCGCAAGCAGGGCAGCAGCCACACGCCGCAUCGAACUGAUGUUCAAGGUACAGAUUCUACCAAUGUUAUUUCACGCGAUAGUAAUAACAGUACGCAAUCAGAUUUAGAUAAAUUUAUUAAUACCUUAUCAUCGGUUAUAACCGGAACUAAUAAUACAGAUAAGUUCCAAAAUAUGGUAAAUACAAUACCAGAAUUUGAUCCAUCAUUAAAAAACCAAACGAUGUCUAUGUGGUUAAAUAAAAUAAAUGAGUGUGCUUCCAUUUUUGGUUGGUCCGAAAGACAAACUAUUCAUUUCGCUUUAUCUAGACUUAGUGGUUUAGCAAAGAUGUGGUACGAAAGUCUACCCUCACUUCUUUAUUCUUGGUCCGAUUGGCAAAAUAAGUUGUUAGAUGCAUUUCCUUGCCAUGAAAACUAUGGUCAACUUUUAAAUGAUAUGCUUUUAAGGAGGGCAAGAUUCGGCGAUUCAUUAGAGGAAUAUUUUUACGAAAAAAGUGUUCUUUUAAAUCGAUGUGAUAUUAGUGGUAGAAAAGCUGUUGACUGUAUUAUUUUUGGUAUCGAUGAUCGAACAAUUAGAAUGGGUGCAGAAGCUGCACAAUAUGAAGAUCCCAAUAAGUUAUUAACGUUUUUGAAAAGUGUUAAGGUUACAAAAAGAGUAGAUAAAACAAUUGUUAAUAAUUCUAAUCAAAGUACCCAAAAUUUUAAUAAUAUUAAGCGAACAUUCCCUGAAAGACGAUCUAACGUACAUUGUUACAACUGUGGUCAAACUGGCCAUUAUAGCUCCAAAUGUCUUCAAUCUAUUAAACGUUGCAUUAAAUGUCGUCUCAUUGGUCAUUUAGCUAGUGAAUGCACAAAAGAAAACAUAUCUAGUGGAAAUAAUCAAAACUCUAAUUCGGUUAAUACAGGAAAUAAUAGCGAUAAAACUGUUAUGAAUAUAAAUAGUUCGAAUGAUGAUGAAAAAUACUACAAGAAAGCUUUCGUUAAUGGUGUUAUGGUAGAGUCGUUUGUUGAUUUAGGUAGUAGAAAAACAUUAUUACGCGAGACCGAAGCCCGAAAAAUAUUGAGUACGUGGAAUAAAAGUAAUACUAACACUUUAGUAGGGUUCGGUAAUUCGACCGUCACACCAAUAGGUAGUAGUGAUGCGCAAGUCAUUGUUGACGGUGUUUCUGGUAUAACAGAGAUUCUUAUUGUACCUGAUAUAUUUUUGCCAAAAUAUCCAAUGUUAAUUGGUCAUUCAUAUACUGAACAAAGUCAUAUUGUCAUAAUUAAAACUAGUGAUACUUUAAAAAUCAUUACUAAUAUAAAUGAAACGGACAUUGAAAAAUUCGAUAUUAAAUUAAAAUCUAAUGUUGUUAUUAAUGGAUUGACAAUAGUUGAUGUUUAUUGUGAGCCAAAUUAUAAAGGUGAAUUGUAUAUAGAAGGAGGUCUAAGAUUAGAACCGCGUAAAGAAUAUUUUGUGUUAAAGGGGUUAUAUACGAUUGAUAGUGAUAAUAGUAAAAUACUUAUUAAAUCUAAACCAAAUUCAAAUGUUACGUUAUUACAAGGAGAUACAAUAGCAAGAGCAUUUAAAAUAAAACAAAAACCAGAGUUAAGUGAAAACGUGUUGCGUAUCGAAGAAGAAAAUUUAUACCUUGCCUCUGGUUAUUAUCAGGUGCCAAUUUGUGAAGAAAGCAAACAUAUAACUGCAUUUGUUACUCCAGAAGGGCAAUACGAGUUUAACCGGAUGCCCUUUGGCCUGGCAAAUGCUCCAGCUGUCUUCCAAAGGAUUAUAAACAAAGUCUUAAGCAAAACGAACUCGGAUGUAGCCAUGGCAUACAUGGAUGAUAUUAUUAUUCCUUCAAAAACGGUUGAGGAAGGAUUACAUAAAUUAAAAACUAUUUUAGAACUAUUAAAAUCAUCAGGCCUAACACUUAAAUUAUCGAAAUGUAACUUUUUCAUGACCACUGUAGACUUUCUAGGUUUUGAACUUUCCGAAAGCGGUAUAAAGCCCGGUUCACAGAAAACCGAUGCAGAAAAAAAUUUUCCUCGCCCCACCUCACAACAAAAUAUUCGUCAGUUUUUAGGAUUAGCUAACUUUUUUAGAAGAUUCAUUAAAAAUUUUUCCAUUAUAGCCAGACCAUUAACUCAGUUGCUUAAAAAGGAUAGUAAAUUUAUAUGGACCGAUGAUCAAGAAAACGCUUUUGUUCAACUGAAAUCUAAACUAAGUGCAAGACCGACUAUGGCUUUAUAUGAUCAGCAUGCGGAAACAGAAUUACAUACGGAUGCGUGUAAAAUAGGUAUUGGUGCUAUCUUACUCCAACGAUCUGGUUCGGGACCGUUCCGUGCCGUAGCUUACUUUAGUCGUCAAACUUCCCAUGAUGAACAACGGUUUACGUCCUAUGAUCUAGAAACGCUCGCGGUUAUUUGCGCUUUACAACGUUUUAGGGUUUAUUUACUUGGUCUAGAAUUUAAAAUUGUAACGGACUGUAAUUCAUUGCGAGCUACUUUUGAGAAACGUGACCUUAUUCCCCGUGUCGCGAGAUGGUGGAGCCAACUUCAAGAAUUUAAUUGUCACAUUGAGUAUAGGGCCGGUAACAAAAUGAGUCAUGCAGAUGCUUUGAGUCGUAAUCCCGUCAAUAAUAAUAAAGAUAAUAAUAUAACGUUAGGAGAUUCUGUCUUUACUAUUAAUUGCAAUGACUGGUUAGCUACUGUUCAAAACACUGAUCCAAAAUUAAAACGUAUUAUUGAUAUCCUCACAGACAAACAUACUGACGAAGUAACUGACAUAAAAAAUAAUUACCGUUAUAUUAAUGAACAUUUAUAUAGGAAAACCGAUUCAGGGUUAAAAUGGGUAGUUCCCAAAGCAUCUAGAUGGCGAAUCGUUAAGCAGUGUCAUGAUGAUAUAGGUCAUGUGGGAAUAGAUAAGGCCCUGGCAAAGAUCUCUAGCGACUAUUGGUUUCCAAAAAUGAGGCCAUUUGUUCAAAAAUAUGUGCGUUCGUGUCUAGACUGUGCCUACCAUAAAGCUCCUGCGGGUAAACCAGAGGGGUUUUUAAACCCGAUACCAAAAAUUCCAAGCCCAUUUCAUACAAUCCAUUUGGAUCAUUUAGGUCCUUUCGUAAGAAGCCGAAACCGAAAUACCUAUUUACUUGUUGUAAUUGAUGCAUUUUCAAAAUUUAUAUUGAUAAAACCAGUUCGCGGCACUGAUACAAAAUAUGUAAUAUCAGUAUUAAAAGAUAUCUUUUAUACUUUUAGUGUUCCAAACAGACUAAUAUCAGAUAGGGGUAGUAGUUUUACGAGUCUUGCAUUUAAAAAAUUCAUGAAUGAGUUAAAUAUUAAACAUAUUAUGAAUGCUGUGUCGACCCCCCGAGCUAACGGGCAGGUUGAGAGAUACAACCGCACUAUAACAGAAUCAUUAGCAGUUGAAAAUAACAAUUGUCCUGAAAAUCGUUGGGAUGAUCAUGUAGCUAAAAUUCAGUGGUCUUUAAAUAAUACAUUCAACAAAGGAAUUGGACGUACACCGGCUGAAGUACUGUUUGGUUUUAAAAUGGUUAGCAUGUCAGAUAGUCGUAUUAACGGUACAAUCAAUGAUGAUCUAGAGCGCGUAGUAGAAAGCAGAGAUUCUAUCCGCAACGAAGUAAUAAAUCAUAUAUCUAAAAACCAAAAAUAUCAAAAAGAACAAUUUGAUAAACACAGAAAGCCACCACGUACAUAUCAAAUUGGCGAUCUCGUUCGUAUUUCACGUAAUCAACCUUCGACGGGUCAAAGUAAAAAGCUCCUACCUAAAUUUCAGGGCCCAUAUAAAAUAACAAAAAUAUUUGACAACGAUAGGUAUGAAAUCGAAGAUACACCGAUAACAAAAAAAAGUAAAGGUAGCUAUAAAGCGGUUGUUGCUGUUGAUAAAAUUCAGCCUUGGGUAAUGUUCGAUCGUCUUUCAGAGGAUAGCGAUAGCAAUGAAAAUGAUAAGUCAAACGAGUCUAAUAGUUCAAGUGACUCUAAAUCUGAUUGUGAUGUUGAAUCUAGUUAA